AUGGUUAAUACUGAAAAACAAAACCAAAAUGAGCGCAACGGUACAAAUCUUGAGCUGAAUGAAGCUGCACAUCUCAGAAGGAUAUCCACACGGCGCACCCUUCGUAUCGUCAUAGGCAAAAGUAUCACUACAGCCCUCAUUCGUGUUGGUAUUGGGGUUUUGAGACUCCUGUCGAAACGUGGGUUAGGGAGAGAGUUCCUUCGACAAUUGCCAAAUGAGUUCCUCUCUCUUAAUCCUUUGAAAUGGGCUACAAUAGCCGGUGGAUUUUCAAGUUUUCAUUUUUGCUUACAAACUGUCUCGAGAAUCAUAAAUCCACUUCGCAUAUCCCAUCGAAUCGCUGUCCUUAUUUCAGGUAUCAUUUGUUCACUUCCUGUUUUCCUCCUAGACAAGGAGACUAGGGCGGAGCUAUCCCUUUAUGUUCUUGUAAGAGCAGUGCAUGUAUUUUGCCUUAGAUUUAUUCUCCCAAAGCUUCCAGAGUGUCUCCAAAGAUUUGAGCAUUACGACGUUAUGCUGAUGUGCAUUAACUCUUCCCAGAUUGCAUAUGGAUUCACGUUCUUUCCACAGUCGUUGCCAAAAUCUUAUCAAAAUUUUUUGACCAAGGCGUCACUGGUGGAUGAACGCCUUGUCCGUGGGCAUGCCGGCUUUUUAUGUGGGCAUGUCACCCCUGAUCUCAUUUCUUUUUGUCAGGAUCGUAACGCCCCCUUCCUUAUUGAAGGGGAAAAUGCAUCAGAUAUGAUGUGCAAUUAUGUUCAUCCCGGUAUCACCUGCAAUCAGUGGAUCUUACGAUUUAUACCACAAAACAUGUUGAGGCUUGGAAUUCCUUUGUAUGGUCCUUUGUGUGUCAUUACUACACUCGCUACGCGGAGAAAACACCUCAUGGCCCGUCCGAUGCAUACUAUUACUCGUGGGAUCACCUCUGUUAUCACCAGCUCCUUGUUCGUAGCUGUGUACUCGGCUUGUAUUGUGCGAGCCGAGUGCUUCUCAAUGCAGCGGAAGUCUCGUGGAGGACAUAUGAUCCCACUUCUAUGCCUAUCAGCUGGUCUUUCUGUUUUUCUGGAGCCGAAAGGACGGCGGAUGGACUUAGCUCUUUACUGUUCUGUUUUUGCUCUCCGUUCCUUUGUUCUCUCGCAAAAUCGAAUGGGGCGACUCCCCUAUCCACGACAUUGGGCUGUUGUGCUUAUGUAUUUCGUGUCCAUCAUCUUUUUGAUCUUUCAGUAUGAAGAAGAUUCAGCACUAUUGCACCCUCGCGUUCGCUAUGUAUUGCAACUUCUGCUUGGUAAAAAUUCAUCGAAUAACAACAAUCACAAGCAUCCACCUCCCACCAUCACAAUGGCAGCGAAAACGACUAGCAACCAAUACAGGGAAACAUCCUUAAGUCGUCAAUAA